ACAAUCAGGAUAGCAGACGACAGGCAACGCUACCUGUUCAAGUAUAUAGGCUUGGUGAUGUUCAUAGUACGGUGUUUAUACUUUCCCUUGCGUAUUGAAUAUUUGGAGGGUGGUUUAAAUUGUAGAUUUCCAACCUCUGGCUUCUCCUCACUGACCUGCAGCGAGAAAUCAACGCAAUCCGAAGCAAGUGCACCUCGAUGGAAGGAGUGGUCGCCGAUAACCCUUUGGAACCUUCUCAUAUUACGUCUGAAGGCAAAUGGGCCGGCAGCCUCAACGAGUUUCCGUUGGAUUGCACUCUAUACGCUGCAUGGGAUCUCUUCUCGGACUGGUCACAUUGGGAUAGAUUUCGCUCUGGCAAAAUCGUUGCUGAGCUGCGUGAAGGGGAGAACAGAAAGCCAGGCGCUGUCCGCUUCCAUGAUUACCCAGACGACGGAUUCUGGAUCACAGAGCGCUUAUUGACAAUCGACGAAGAUGAACACACUUUGUCGUUCAACAUCGAGAAUCAUACAUUCCUCGGAGGCGCAAUGACAGGCUACAACGGAUGGGUUAAGUUCAGAGAAACGGAGGACAAGAAGGCUAUGCUGGAGUACUGGAGGUAUGAAGUGAACCCAAUUCAGAUGGAGAACCAGUCUCCGGAGAUAUUCCAUGCCACUGUGAUGGGCCUAUACAAGAGCUUCCUCGCCGAUCUCGUGAAAGCAGGCCAAAAACUACCUGAACCUGAUGCGGUGCCCACCGCUGAAGCUACCGCGGUGCCCACUGCUAAACCUGCUUGCUAGCCUGGCAUUGCAACAGGGGGACCGUUGAACUCACGCUCUGCAGAAAUGGCUUCUUAACUACGCACUCACUCACUCACUUCGAAGCCCCGCAGGCACUUCGGCGCUAGAAACGUCGGUGCUAGAGUCAGAGCGUUGAUAUUAAUAUUGUGAAAAUUCCAUCAAUAAACUGAAACUUUUUUGCGAUCA